AUGAAAUCAUCAGCAGUUACUCUCCUGCUCAUCGGGAUCUGCUUCCUGGCCCUGGUAAACAAGUCCAACGCUGUAUGUUGUGUCACCAAGGAAGAGCUGACCUAUAAGAUGAGCAAGGGAGAGUGUAAGGAUGUCGGAGGAUAUGGAAACAAUCCCCAAAGGUGUACAGUCCUGAUCUGCGCCGAUGGGAUGGCCCAGGUGGGCAUGUUUUGUGGCCGAUCAUCGUGCAACCUCUUCGGCUGCAGCUGCGAUGGAGGAUGCUUGGAGGGCAACUGGAGCCAGAGCUUUGUCUAUAAACACAGUUAUUACGGAAUUGAAAUAAUUAAUGUUAAAAGAUAUCUUUGA